AUGUCGUCAUCCGAUGCGGGAGUUGUCGAUGUUGGGGGCGAACCUCCAAAGCAGCUUUCCAAGCGAAGCAAGAGUAAAGACCCUCAGCGAAUCACGAGGGAUUCAGCGUCGUUGGAGGACUGCCUUGUGCUGUUGGAGGACAUCAUCGCAAAAAUGGGUGAAAGGUACACCGAAAUGGCUGAUACUUUUAACUCAUUCAACGAAGAUGUCCACAUCAUGGAGGAAAGCGUCGUUACUGCCAUGACGACCUUUCGAAGCGAACUCGAAAAGCUCCAAGGCAACAUGACUCGUCGUGAUGAGGAGCGAAAGAAACUGAUCGAGGAGCUUGUUACCCGAGUUGAGAAGGUCGAGGACCUCAAGACGAGAGUAACGAUCCUUGAGAAAGCGGUGGCGCGUGGCCACGAACCCCAAAGAGAGUUCGCUUCGAAGGUACGUGUCCCUGAAGCUCAAAAUUUCAGGGGUACCCGCGAUGAGAAAAAGGUCGAUAAUUUUCUGUGGCACAUGGAGCGCUACUUCAAGGCGGUGCGGCUGGACAAGGAGGAGGAGAAAGUCCAGGCUGCGUCCAUGUACCUUGCUGACAACGCGAUGCUGUGGUGGCGUCGGUGUUCUGCAGAAGCCGAGAAGGGCCAAUGCAGCUUGAAGACGUGGGAGGACUUCGUGCGCGAGCUCAAGGCGCAGUUCUACCCCGAGCACAUCGAGUACCUUGCGAGGAAGCAACUUCGACGGCUCAAACACACCGGGACGCUCAAAGAGUAUGUCAAGGAAUACUCCAAGUUGAUGCUGUCCAUCACCAAUAUGGCGGAGGAAGAUUGCUUAUUCUUCUUCCUCGACGGACUCCAACCUUGGGCGAACAAGGAGCUUGUGGGGCAUGACGUCAAGGACGUUGCCUCCGCAAUUGCCUUGGCAGAAAAACUGCCCAAGUACCAGCGGGCGGAUUCAACUCGCAGCAAGGCGCCCAAAGCAAGCAAGGCUAAAGAUGGAGGAGACCGUCGCAACCAGAAGGAGCGCAGGGGCCGCGAGAGGACCGAGCAGGGCGAGGCCAAUGCAGAACCGACGAAGAUAGGCGCACUCAGGCUCGUCAACGCGGUUCAGGGGCUAGCAAGCAGCAGCAAGCCCCUCAACAAGGAGCUUCUAUACAUCGAUGUGACCCUUAACGGCAGGGCCACACGAGUAUUGGUGGACACGGGAGCCACUCACAACUUUGUUGCCGAAGUGGAGGCCAAACGGAUAGGCCUUUCCCUUGAGAAGGAUGCUAGCAGGAUCAAGGCCGUCAACUCUGAGGCGCAACCUGUUGCAGGCGUGGCCAAGGGCGUGGCCAUUGCGGUGGGACCUUGGAGAGGCACCACAAACUUCACCGCUGCACCCAUCGACGACUUCCAAGUCAUACUAGAUAUGGACUUCUUGGCUUUGUCGAAGGCGGUUCCGAUGCCAUACCUUGGGGCCUUAAGCAUCAUGGACGAGGCGGCCCGAUGCAUGAUCCUAGCAAGCCAGGAGAAAAUGGUAAGCACCCAAUCCCUCUCUGCAUUGCAGUUGCGAAAGGGUGUCAACCAUGGUGAGAUGACUUACCUUACGACCAUCCGCCAGGUAAGCAACGAGGACCUCGACGAUAAGGGCCUUCCUGCAGAGAUUGGAGCGGUUUUGGCAGAUUUCCAGGAUGUCAUGCCAAAGGAGCUGCCCAAGCAACUUCCACCCAGACGGGAGAAGCGCCAUAUAGAAUGGCCCCGCCAGAGCUGGAGGCUCGAGGAGUUGCAAAAGCAGUUGAAGGAGCUCCUCAAUGCGGGCUUCAUUCGACCGUCGAAAGCACCUUACGGAGCACCAUUUUUGUUCCAGCGGAAGAGCGACGGAAGCCUGCGACUUUGUAUCGACUACAAAGCGCUCAACAAGGUAACGGUCAAAAACAAAUACCCUAUUCCUUUGGUUGUAGAUCUCUUCAACCAAUUGGGCGGAGCGAAGUACUUUACCAAACUCGACCUUCACUCUGGGUAUUAUCAGGUGCGGAUUGCGGAAGGAGACAAUGAGAAGACCACGUGCGUGACGAGGUACGGGGCCUAUGAGUUCCUUGCCAUGCCGUUCGGCUUGACGAACGUGCCAGCGACCUUCUGCACACUCAUGAACAAGUUGUUCCAUCCCUAUCUCGAUCGCUUUGUGGUGGUGUACCGCGAUGACAUCGUGGUAUACAGCAACACCUUGGAGGAGCAUAUCGAGAACUUGCGAACCGUCUUCCAAGUGCUGAAGGAGAACCAGCUGUUCAUCAAGAAGGAGAAGUGCAUAUUCGCGAAGGAAGAGGUGCACUUCCUUGGCCACUGGAUAGGCCAAGGCUUGAUUCGCAUGGACCAGCGGAAGGUACGAGUCAUCUGUGAAUGGGAGACCCCAACGACGGUGUCCGAGUUGCCGUCCUUCCUUGGGCUCGUCAACUAUUACCGCGGCUUCAUUGUGGGCUACUCUGCGAGAGCAACCCUGUUGACGGAUCUGCUGAAGAAAAAUCACUCGUGGAUUUGGACAUCUCAAUGCACGGAGGCAUUCGAGGACCUAAAGCGAGCGGUGACGAAGGAUCCAAUGCUGCGACUACCUGACUGCAGUCGCACCUUUGAGGUACAUACUGAUGCCUCUGACUUUGCCAUUGGCGGUGUCCUCGUGCAGGAUGGGCACCCCAUCGCCUAUGAGAGCCGCAAGCUCAACGACACCGAGCGGCGUUACACCGUCCAGGAGAAGGAAAUGACCGCUAUGGUGCAUUGUUUGCGAACCUAG